UUACUGCUGACUGUCUACAUCCUCACCUUCAUACUGGGUUUCCCUGCCAACAUCCUGGCCUUCUGCACCUUGUGCGUCAAGGUCCGUCGCAAGCCCAGCCCCAUGGACAUCCUCCUGCUCAACCUCACCAUCUCCGACCUCCUCUUCCUCGCCUUCCUGCCCCUGAAGAUGAAGGAGGCCGCGGACGACAUGUGGUGGAACCUUCCUUUCAGCCUCUGCGUCGUCUCCAGCUUUGUUUUCUUCUCCUGCAUCUACACCAGCACGCUCUUCUUGACGGCGGUGGCCGUGGAGCGCUACCUGGCCGUGGCGUUCCCCAUCCAGUACAAGGUGUGGCGCCGGCCGCGCUACGCCGUGAUAGCGAGCGUCCUCUUCUGGCUGGUGUCCGCCGUCAACCUGAGCAUCACGUACAUUGUCCCCAUCAUGCAGCCGGACAAUGUCACCAGCACGGUGGCGCCGGGCGUCCAGAACUUCAGGAAAUGCUACGACAAUUUUGAAAACAACCAGCUGUCGAUUAUAGUGCCUGUGCGCUUUGAACUCUUCCUGGUGCUCUUCCUCACCCCGUUCCUCAUCUGCUGCUUCUGCUACAUCAACUUCAUCCGCAUCCUGUCCCGGCUGCCCAGCAUUAGCCGCUCGCGUCGUCUGAGGGCCGUAGGACUGGCAGUGGUCACCCUCCUGGUGUUCACCGUCUGCUUUGCGCCCUACAACAUCUCCCACGUGGUGGGCUAUGUGCACGGUAAGAGUGAGGGCUGGAGAGACCUGGCACUCAUCUCCGCCACGCUCAACGCUUGCUUGGACCCCAUGAUCUUCUACUUCUCCUCCUCUACCGUACGUGAGACCAUCAGCUGCUGCCUUCAAGGCCUGAUGAAGAAACUGCACAUCAUACGCUGUUCACGAGCUCAGUGCUGCCCGCCCAUGGCUCCUGCUAGACCUGACAUAUACAUAGAGACAAACCCUCCUAACCCAGAUACCUGAAUAUGGACAGCAUUUACACUUUGACCUCCCAUGACACACACACACACACACACACACACACACACACACACACACACACA